GCUCCGUGUCCAGCACCAUCACCACACAAACCACCGCCUCGGCCCUACCCUACUACCACACGCUCUACUCCAAGCCGCAGGGGGUCAAGAAGGUGCACGCGACCACCUUCGUCCCAGAGGUCGGCGUCUUCAGGGGUCCUACCUUCAAGGUCAUUCACAAAAACUCCACACCCCUGCCGGCGGUCGGACCGGCGGACGACCGGAACCGGACCGAGAUCAGACCGGCGUCUGACGGACGUCAUCGCUCACGGGACUGCACACCUUCUCCUUACCUGCUGUCGCCGUCGCGCGAGCUGACCAACACGUGCAGCCCGGCCAACACGGCGGUGGAGAUCUCGUCCAGUCUGGACACGGCCAGCCUCGACUCGGCCAGCGUCCGGUCCCCAGUCGGCCGCCAGCGUCCAUUCAGGACGAGAUGAUUCAGACGAUGAUUCCGAUGACGAGAUGAACGAGCUGGUCAUAGACGACAGCGCGCAUGAUCAGGACACGCCGGAAGAGACGCAGCCGGAAGUGAAGACGCCGGAUGAGGAGGUGGAAAAGGAUAAAGUGGCGCGCAGACCCGGAGAAUGUGAUACUAAAAGCGAGUUUUCCCCGGAGAAGCUGACCCUUCACCUGCCCUCUCGUAAACUGUGCCACGAGGAGGCCAUCGACUACAGCUUACCCAAAAAUUUCCUGCUCCGCGGUCAGGCCAGGAGAAUUUCCGGGGACUACGAGGCACGGCGCGCCCAGCUUAACCGGAGGGGUGACGCCCACUCGGGCGCCGGCGAACUGAAAAUACCGGGCGCCCCCAAGGCGUGCCCCCGGCACUCACAUUCCUCAGAAGAAUCGAUCCGCACCCCACACACAGCACCGGGCCCGUCCCCCAGGAAGAAGCUCCCGUCGACGGAUAAACAGCCCUUACGUCACAAGGUCGCAUCGCUGGCACCCGACGAUAGCCUCGUCAGAUGCGGGUCGGCCCCGCCCGUCACCGGCCUGACGGUGCCCACCGUGGCGGGGGCCGCGGCCAAAAAUAACUCGUCUUUCGGGGAUUCCCGUUUGUUGAAACCCAGUGCGGAUUUACAGGAAAAGUUUGAAUUACCGAGUGACCAUAAC